AUGCUUCAGCAAUUUGCAUUACUUGCGGUAACAUUGCCAGCUCUCACCUUCGCUACGAUUGAUGAUGAUGUGACCUUCCGAGGCGAUGCCACGGCAUUGGCAGUAGCCCAAGCUUCAGCCGCUACAUGUAGUCCAAGCAUCGGUGACAACUACGUUGCAAUUAAUAGCGAUCAAUGGGAUGCGACUCAAAAUUGCAAACAAUGCAUUGAAGUCUCAUGUGUCGAAGACAAUUGCAAAGGCAAAAAUCAAUCUGUAAUUUUAUAUGUCGCGGGUGAUUGUGAAGGAUGCGAAGACGAAGGUCUUGACUUGUCACCCGUAAUGUUUGAAAAGCUUACGGGGAGUGUUUCAGGCUUGUUUAAGCUUACAUGGGAAUUUACAGAUUGUCCAUAUGAGGCUGGUACGGUCGAACCUGCUGAUGAGAAAAAGACUGCAGUGAAUAUUCUACAAACCGACGAGAAAGGUAUUGAGACUCAAGAGGAGAAUACGGAGCCAACAGCUAACGAGUCGGGCGAUAAUGAAGAUCAUACAAGUGGCACGAGUCCAUUUGUUGUGGUGCUUAUUGUAGCUGGCGCGAUUUGUGCGUUAGCCCUGGCUGCGCUCCCCAACGCAGAUGAAGAAAAAGGCAACAAUCGUCACGAUUUAAGUGUGUAG